ACGAAACGCAACGUCAUGAUCAGCUGAUAUGAUUGCCGAAAAUCCCUUCAAACUAAAGGUCUGUAAGCUUCAUUCGCAGCUCUCUACUGUUGUUAGAGAGACGCUCAGUCUGUAUUAUAGUUGGGAUACAUUCAGAUGUCAGAUAAAGACAAAGAAACUCACAACAAGCGAAAUCAAUAAAGUUCAUAUAGUGAAUACUACCUUUACUCUGAAACCGGAAGUACGGCUCCUCAUAGGGAAAAGCUGGGACACGAUAACGAUCAGGCCCCUGACUCUCCACUACUGUCUGUCUGUCACUGAGGGUCGGCAUGCAGUGCUCUGUCUCCAGCCUGUCUCUCAGUCCUGCAGUCAAAAGCAGACUGACAGCAGCCGGGUUCAGCCUCCUGUCCGAGCUGCAGGGGCUCCCCCCCUCCCAGAUCUGUGCAGAGGCCGGUGUUUCCCAGCAGGAGGCGCUGCAGGUGCUGCAGGCAGUGAGGGGCAGUCCAGUAAGAAUAGCCCCCCCCCUCACUGCGCUGCAGCUCCUGCAGGAGGAGCAACAGCAGCGCAGCAUCAUCAGCUUCUGCUCACAGCUGGACGCCGCGCUGGGGGGGGGACUUCCUGUCGGGAAAACCACCGAGAUCUGUGGAGCACCGGGAGUCGGGAAGACACAACUGUGUCUGCAGCUGGCGGUGGACGUGCAGGUUCCUGUGUGUUUCGGGGGGCUCGGAGGACAGGCGGUGUUUGUGGACACUGAGGGCAGCUUCCUGUUGCAGCGGGUCCAGGAUUUCGCCGGCGCUGCCGUGAAACACUGCUCCUUAUUGGUGGAAGACGACGAGCAGCGGGUUGCUAUGACGACCUUCAAUGUGGAAACCAUCCUUUCUAACAUUUUCCUGGUGCGUUGCCAUGACUACGUGGAGCUGCUGGCCGAGCUUCACCUGCUGCCGGACUUCCUGUCUGAGCACCCGAGGGUCCGCCUCCUUGUGAUUGACAGCAUGGCGUUUCCUUUCCGGCUGCACUUCGACGAGUUGUCACAGAGGACCCGCCUCCUCAACGGCCUAGCCCAGCAGUUCAUCGCCAUGGCAUCCAGCCACCACAUCGCUGUGGUGAUCACCAAUCAGAUGACAACCAGGCUGCGGGGCAGCCAAUCACAGCUCGUCCCCGCCCUCGGGGAGAGCUGGGGUCACGCCCCCACCAUCAGACUCCUCCUACAAUGGGCGGGGACUCAACGACUAGCCGUCAUCUUUAAAUCCCCUGGUCACCCAGGAUCCACCGUCGAAUACCAGAUCAACUCUGACGGCUUCAGAGAUGCCGUCCAAUCAGAGCAGCCUCCCAGCAAACGACCACGAACACACACUAUCCAAUCAGCUGCCGGACAGAGGGACAGCAACCAAUCAGCUCCUGGACCGAGACACUGCAGCUGAUUGGUCAGACAUCCUCUGAUGAACACAUGAGGAAAAAUGUAUCAAAUGGAGAAUCUACAAAUGUUAAUCUGGAAACUUUGCACUAACUUCAACAUGUUCGGUUCGGAUUAAAUAAAGAUGUUCAGAUUAAAUAAAGAUGUUCAGAUUAAAUAAAGAUGUUCAGAUUAAAUGAAGACGUUCAGAUUAAAUAAA